CUGACACAAGAACUAACUAGAAAUGUCAAAUGUCAAAUUGUUUUCAUAAAAUAUACUGUAUUUUGAACAAGACUAAUAAAUUAAACCAAAAUAUUAAACUAUUAAAUUAAAUUAAACAAAAAUAUAAAUAUUAAGUUCUCAAAAAUUAUAUUCUCAAAAGCCAUUGUUAGUUUGUGGACAUAAUCAUAAAAAUAAACGCUAGAAAUGUCUGAAGAAACAAACUUAAACAUAAUUAAAAUUGAACCAACCGAGUGUCCUCAAGUUAAACAAGAAUUUGCUGAUUAUGAUAUAUCAGAAAUAUGCGCGGAAAACGGAGAUGUAUAUUUACAGCGUUUUUUAAAAUCUGAGAUAAAAAUAGAGGAAGAAAUAAAAGAAGAAGCGAUUGAUGAUCAAGAUGAGUCCACUAGCACAAAUGAAGUAAGUUUAGAUCAAACAAAUAAUAACACGGAGCAACUCCAUAAAUGUAAUAUAUGCGAUAAAACAUUCAAAAUGAAACGAAAUUUAACCCUACAUGAAAUUGCUCAUACUGAAGAACGCCCUCAUAAAUGUGAGGCUUGUGAUAAAACAUUCAAAACAACAUCAUCCUUAAAACAACAUAAAGUUAUUCAUACCCGAAAGAGCUCCCAUAAUUGUCAGGUUUGUAAUAAAGCAUGCAUAACGAUAAAUGGAUUAAAACGUCAUGAAAUGAUACAUCGAGAAAACUUAAAUCAACAUGAAAAGAUUCAUACUACAGUAAGCACUCAGUACCCCUGUGACGUAUGCAGUAUAAUAUGCAGUUCCCAAGCUGCUUUAAAAUUGCAUCAAAUGAUCCAUACCGGAGAACGCUCACAUAAAUGUGAGAUAUGCGAUAAAGCAUUUUUAAGAAAAUCGGGAUUACGUCAACAUCAAAUGAUCCAUACUGGAGAACGACCUUAUAAAUGUGAAUAUUGCGAUAAAGGAUGCAAAACAAAAAGAGAAUUAAGACAUCAUGUAGUUGUCCACACUAGAGAAAGCAAUUAUAAUUGCGAAAUAUGCAAUAGAGCAUUCACAUCAAGACAAUCUUUACACUACCAUAAAGUGGUUCAUACAAGAGAACGUCCUUUUAAGUGUGAUAUAUGCCACAAAGCAUUUACAACAAAACAGAUAUUAAAACAGCAUGAAGCAAUUCACACUUGUGACAACCCUUACAAAUGUGAGAUCUGUGGUAAAACAUUCACAACAAUAAAGAAAUUAAAGCGACACGAGUUGAUACACACAGCAGUACCCUCCCAUAAAUGUGACACCUGCAAUAAAGCAUUUUUGAGAAAAGAGGGGUUAAAGGAACAUCUAUUAAUCCAUUCUGGAGAAGGCCCUCAUAAAUGUGGGGUAUGCGGUAAAGCAUAUACAACAAUACACAAAUUAAAGCGGCAUGAAUUAGGCCACGGAGAACGCACUCUUAAAUGUGAUAUAUGCAAUAAAGCAUUUUUCAGGCAAGAUAGAUUAAAAGAACAUCAAUUGAGCCACGGAGAACGCACUCUUAAAUGUGAUAUGUGCGAUAAAGCAUUUUUCAGGCAAGAUAGAUUAAAAGAACAUCAAUUGAGACACACAAGAAAAAGAAAAUAA